AUGUCGUCCAAUUUGUUGAACUUCAACAAACCAUGCAAUGGAUGUCGACGUCGAAAGGUCCGCUGCGAUAAGGCCAAGCCGUGCCUCAACUGCGUUCGUCAUGGAAUCUCUUGUGUCUACGACCCCCAGAGGGAGCCCGGCGUCCCCAGCCCCGAAAGUCAACAGCAGUUACAGGAGAGAGUCGACCGACUAGAAAGGGUGAUUGAGGAGAUGAAGGGCAUGUCUGUUCGGGGAGAAUCACUCAAGGCAACCAGCAGCUCGUUUCCGUCUGCGAGUCCAGCAACAAGUCACUUUGGCGAGUUUUACAACGACCGAGAUGAGUCCCUGGCUGGAGAUCCUGGAAUGCAGGUUUACGACGAAAACGUGUCCUAUUAUCUUGGCCCCGACUACUGGCUCAACCUCCAAGACGUUGUCUACGAACCGAGGUGCCUUUUCCGUAUCGACUCGGACAAAACGGGCAAAAACCCCGCGAGUCCGUCUUCGUGGCCUAUCGGUCGAACACCCGUUCUGGCCGAUCUUUCCCAUCUACACCUUGAACCCGAAAAAGAAGACAUCUUGACCGACCUUUUCCUCGCGCAUGUUGAGCCCUAUGUUCGAAUAGUCCACGAGUCCUACUGGCGGCAGCAAAUCACGGAUUUCCGAGUGGGCGUCCACAAAAUCCCGAUAGACGUGGAGGUAGGCAUGUUUGCAACCCAGGCCAUGACCGUUGCGGCAUUGCCGGCAAACCUUAUCCAAGAGAGGUUAGGCAAGCCCAAGAAGGAUCUCCUUCGACACCUGCAGGAAGCUACCCAACUAGCUCUUGAGAGAGCAGACAUUUUGCGGAGUAGGAAGGUUUUGGCUUUCUUUGCUCUGCUAUAUCAUAUUGUUCGUUUGGCCACUUCCACAACCAUCCACUCACGAUUCUGA